AUGAUGUACGACCAACCCAUACCAUGGGUGCCGAAGGUCAAAUACUUAGGCGUCACCCUCGACAGAAGGAUGACAUUUCGCCCCCAUAUAAAGACGUUUGUUGGUUAUGUAUGUCUGGGUAGGGCACAGAUUAACGGUUUUUUCUUCAAAAUGACCAAAAGUGCAACUAUUUUCGUUUUUAUAAUCAUCACUUCAUUUCUAGAAGUGCUAAGCCUCGAGUGUUAUGUUUGUGAAAAUCAAGAAGAUAAUAAUGGAAAGUGUGUAAACACCAUAAAGCCCUGUGAACACAACCAAGAUGUUUGUCUGACCGAAAUCAGAUGGGGUAGUACUCCAUAUUGGUCCCAAGGGGCAAAGAAACAAUAUUAUAUAUCUAAAAGCUGUUCUAACAAAACUGAAUGCCCUAAAACUAGACAACAAAACAUGCCUUUAUGCACGUACAUUUGGUAUCAAGACUGGAAGUGCUCAGAUUGCUGUCUCGGCGACCGAUGCAAUUAUUACAUUAUAUUGUGUCACAGUUUUUACAACCCCACCGAUAGCGGAGCUGUACAAAUUACACAGAGUAAUUUAGACAUGGUCUUAGCUUCAAAUGAAGUAGUAUUCAUAAAUUUUUAUGCAGAAUGGUGUAAAUUCAGUAACAUGUUAAUGCCUAUAUUUGACGAUGCUGCUGAUGAGGUGACAAAAGCUGGCUAUGACACAGGUAAAGUAGUUAUGGGGAAAGUGGACUGUGACAAAGAAGGUGCUAUUGCAACACGGUUCCACAUAACUAAAUACCCUACAUUGAAACUGUUCCGCAAUGGUUUACCAGCUAAGAAAGAAUACAGAGGUCAGAGGUCGGUGGAAGCAUUUGCAGAGUUUAUUAAAAAGCAAUUGGUAGAUCCAAUAGUUACUUUCAGCUCUAUCAAAGAACUCCACGAUUUGAGUGAUGAAAAACGCCAUAUUAUCGCCUACAUGGAUAGAAGGGAUCAACCAGAAUAUGAUGUUAUUAGAAAAGUAGCAGCUAGUCUUAAAGAUGAAUGUUUGUUCCAUGCUGGUUUUGGUGAUGCCUCGCAACAGAUGCACCCUCCAGGUCAACCAAUAGUGGUAUUUAGAGCUGAUCAAAAAACAUCCACAGAACCAGAUGAAACCUACAGAGGUUCACUGUUAAACUUUGAUGAAUUAUCUAGUUGGGUACAAGAGAAGUGUAUUCCUUUAGUCAGGGAAAUCACGUUUGAGAAUGCUGAAGAAUUAACAGAAGAAGGCUUGCCAUUCCUCAUUCUGUUCCAUCACCCUGAUGAUACAAAGAGUGUUAAGAAAUACAAAGAAGUAAUUAUGAGUGAGUUGGAGAGUGAGAAACAGAAUGUCAACUUUCUGACCGCGGAUGGUGGUCGUUUUGAGCAUCCACUGCACCACUUGGGCAAGUCAACAUCGGAUUUACCUUUGAUUGCUAUAGACUCGUUUCGUCACAUGUACUUAUUCCCGGAUUAUAAAGACAUUGAGAAGCCAGGACAGUUAAAACAAUUCCUUUUAGAUUUGUAUUCUGGAAAACUCCAUAGAGAAUUCCACUAUGGCCCUGACCCAGUGCAAGAAGCGAUUGCUUCUGACGUUAAAGUGACGACGCCUCCAGAAUCUACCUUUAAGAAACUAGCUCCAUCUAAAAACAGAUACACUUUGCUCAGAGACGAGUUAUAAACAGCCAAAACUUCGUCCAUAUAAUUGAGACUCAUUUGCGUCAUGAAAAAACAGAACAUGAAAGUAACUUCAAAAAUGAACAUUGUUGAUUUAUAUGUUGCAACAUAAGUGUAUUUGUAAUUUAUAAUAUUCAUAGACAACAGAUAUAAUAUCACAUUUAAUUUUAAGUUGAAUUCUCAAUGUAAAGUUGCUGUUAUAAAAUUCAUAACGGAAACGAGUCACAAUAUAAGUUAUUUAUAAAAAUUAUUCUAUUGUAAUUGUUUUGAGAAUAUUCAGUCUUGUUCUUAUUUCAGUAAAUCUAUAGAUCUUUUUAUGUUUGUAUGUAAAAUUACGUAUUCGUGGACUCACUUCGCCGGCUUGAACUACUGUAUCGGUAUUAAAAUUAUAGCAUUGAACUAUCCAAUUGUAAAGAAAUCCAUUUAGCAAUAAAAAAUCCAACAAAAAUAUUCAAUCUAGUUCCUUCGUAACUAGUUAAUGUUCAAACUGGUCAAGUUAGAAUUUUGUACUAUAAUAAUACUAUAUAUGCUCAUUUUAGGUUUUGUGUUUUAAAUAUUCCUUCCAAUUAAAGAGUGUUAUGGUAUGACAAUGCACAAAAAUAAUUUACCAAUAGUAAAAAGAAUAAUAAUGAUCAACCUGAGAUGCAAGUUGUAAAAAAAUACUAUUGCUUGUAUUGCUACAUACUUUAAGUGCUAAUUAAUAGUUUUUAAAUCAAUUAAAUUUAACCCGUAUUUAUUUCCGAAUGAGUAUAUUUCGUGAGAUCUGCUGAAUAUAAAAGUAAUGUAGCUUGGUUACAGGCAAUUUUAUUAUUACUUAUAAAAAGAUUUUUAUUUUUAAUAUGGCAAUAAUAAAAUGGCUACCGUUUAAUUGUAUGCUUUUAAUGUUGUGAGAAAAUACAGAAUAUUGUAGUGUGCUCGUGGCAUAAUGAUAUCAUAAGCCGAGAUACUGCAUAAUCGACUAAUGUGUUUCUACAUGUUCUAAUUUUAAUAUGGUAAUGUCACACGAGUGUUCACAGUUGAUGACUUGUAAACAGUGCAUUGAAAUACAUCAGAGUACCAGUGAUAGUCUUAAUAAAAGAAUCUUCAUCAAAAUGUGGUGCCAAUCUUUUUAUUUACACAUAAUAUUUGUAGUAUAUCUUUUCAUAAAUUAUAUUUAAAUGUAAAUACUUUACAAAGUUACACUUUAAGGUUUGAUAGGCACAAGAAUUUUAUUUGUUCGUCCUAGUUAGUCCAAUAAAGACGACUAUUGAUAUAAGUUUGUUGUGAUAGCUUAUGAUAUCGAGGCUCAGCGUGAGCCUUGCUCUUGCUUUGUAAGGCCUCAUCUAGCCUGAUGAGUAUCAGUGAGUGAAAUGCACGAAAAUAUUGCUUCCCCUGUUCUUAGAUAGUCUAUCAGUUAGUUGUUAAGGGGGCGUCUAAUAAUUACACGAAGUUUUUUUUUAAUUUCCUCUUUGUGAGAUUUAAUGAGGUACGGGGGGCUUCUCCCUACCCUUCAAAAGAAUUACUGGUUUAGAUUAAUAGUUUUUGGGUCGUGUAUGAGUUACUAUGAUAUUUUAUGGUCAAAAUCAAAUAUUUAUUUAAGAUUUUGCCGGACCACCCUGCAUUUUGUGCUAACAUAAUUAACUGAUGUUCCCGAAAUAACUGUCGCUCUCAAAGGCGUCAUUUUUAAAAUUUGGAAUUCGGUAUUUGAACAUAUACUGAUUAUGAGACCAAGUGGGUCGCCGCCACAGUUUCACACACAUUUUUUUCCACGAACCAAUUAAUAAUCUCGGUUUGGGUUUUAUGUAAUAACUAAAUUGGGAAUUCAUCAACUUGGACGGCGGAUUCGUAAUUAUUAUGAUAAUGUCCACUAAGCACUUAAUAUCAGAGGGGCCAGGAGCUCGUCUGCUUGUCUAAAACUGCUAAGUGCUUAAAAACCGUUUCUGUGAAGAGUUUCAUAUUCUGUUAACAUGCGAGGGUUUAAAAUUAGGCAAAAAUUCUUACACAAUUAUCUUAUGAAGUAAAAUUUGAGUAAACUGAGAAUCGCUGUAAAACUAUAUUGCAACAAGUAAAAUAUGAAUGUUGUACAAUAUGUAUGGCCUUCGACGGUGUGUUGUUAUUAAAUUUUUCGAACCUUGAA